GCUGGCUACGCUAACACCUGUGUGAGACGUGAAACGCAGCAAUGUCAUCGCCGUUUUCAACGCUACUGCUACUGGCUGUUUGCUCCCUCGCUCGCAUCAUUGCUGAGUCUCCUUCAGAAUGUCCCAACAUAACCCUGUCCCAGCGCUCUACUAGUGUGCCUGUUGUGAGAAAUGGCACUAACUACACAAUCUACCAGGAGUUUGUCACCGAUGGAAAUAUCCAAGACCUCAAUAUCACGUGGACUCGAAUACCCUAUCCCCUUGAUCCUACAACUCAUAACUUCAGAAUAGAGAACACUAUCCUUGAUAGCAGAGUACUAAAGGCUUCACUAGUACUCUGGAAUAUCCAGCUAACGGCCACUUUUCGCGGUGCAAGUGACGGAGAUUACGUGGCCCUCUGGAUGUUGGAAGACUCAGAGAUAUGCCUGGAGCAGUCAGACGAUAAUAAGAAUUUCAACUGCGACAGAACAGUGUUGGGUGCAUGUUGGUUCCAGGCAAAUCUAUGGAUACUAAGUCCCUCUUCUGCCAGCUCUGGGCAGUACAGUGUGUUUGCUAUUGAUGGUGAUGAUAGGGGCAAUUCAUCUAUUAUUAAUCUGAGUAUUGUGAGGCAACCCCAGGUACAAUCCUGCACUAGUGGAUCCCUCAAAACUGAUUCAAAAGGACACGCAGAGUUUCAAUGUCAGCUCUCAAACUAUUCAGACUAUGUACAAGUUGUGGUGGUAGAGGACGACAGAACAGAGUACAAUGAGUCGACUCAGGGUGUCUUAUUUGGCUGUGAGGCUCACGCACAAGACAGAUCCCAGGCCACCUGUACUGUCAGCAUCUCAUCCUCCCUUCACUCUGGCAAGAGAGACUACCAACUGUGUGCUGGCUACAACGACUCCGUAGUCCACCAAACACCACUUCAGUGCUCGGACACCAUCACAGUCACUUUCUCCGGGACAUCAAAUAGCCAGAGUCUCACGAUCGGCCUAAUAGCUGGUGCCUCUGUAGUGUUUUUGCUCCUUCUGCUGGUUCCGUUAUUCAUCUGUGUGGUUCGUCACAGAAGAUCUUCUGCAGCAUCAUCUUCAGCCACACUGGCAGCCAAUGAUGCAACUAGACCCUUACUUCACCCAUCAGAUGGUCUUUCAACCUCAUCGCACACGCAAACAGACUUAACCUUACAAAGAGACCGUGCUACAGGGCCCAGUGUAAAGGUCAAGUCUCCCAGGAAACCAACCUCACCCAGGAAACCAACCUCACCAGUAGUGGAUCCCAGUGUAGAGCGAGACUACCAACCUAGCGGCACUACCACCAGCACAAAUGGCCAAGGCUCUGGAAGUGGUCUACUGUGGAGGGCAGUUCGUCCUGGUCAUCUGGAGAGGGAGGAGCUAGUCCACAUAGCCAAGGCAAUCCCACGUUGGCCCAUCCUCGCCCGCUACCUCCGUCUCUCUGAGCCAGUCAUUGUGGCCAUCUCUGAGAACUACAGGGGGGACUACGAGGAGCAGAAGUUCCAGAUGUUGCUCACGUGGCACCAGCAGCAACCGACACCGCCCACCAGGCAGAGUCUGGUGAGGAUCAUUGAGGAGAAGAUGGGGACUGAGCUCACUCAGGACAUUGUUAACAUUGUUGGUACUGAACAAGUACACUAGAGCUUGAAAAUACCAUUUUAACCCUUGAGAGUGUACAGUAAACACUAUGUACAUUUCAAUUGCUGAUCUCUGAUCUCUUAGAAAUGCAUGGCAUCUUCUGCAUUGUCAUUGUUAUGCCUCCCCCCCACUGGAGGGGAA